AUGGUUCACAGGCUACAGGAAGGCACAAUCACUUUUACGCUUUCCCAGGUAGACCUGAGGCUGAGGCCUUCGAUGCCGUCAUCACAGAUUAAGGCUAAGCAGUUUGAAGAUGCUAAGCUGUGUAAACUUCGUGACAAGGUGUUGCGUGGUGAGGCAAAAGAGGCCGUGAUCGACAGAGAGGCGGUGUUACGGAUUAAGGGGAGAUUUUGCGUGCCACGUGUGGGUGACUUGAUUAAAACUAUUCUAGUAGAGGCUCAUAGUUCGAGGUUGACUAAAUCUGCUCACUUUAUUCCGGUUUGGAUAACUUAUGACGCUGAGAAAUUAGCCAAGAUCUACAUUCGUGAGGUUGUUAGACUACAUAGGGUUCCUAUUUCCAUCGUGUCUGAUAGGGACACAACCUUUACAUCUUGGUUUUGGAAGCAUUUGCAUGAGGAAUUGGCAGAGUUCUCAUAUAAUAAUAGCUACCACUCGAGCAUCCACAUGGCUCCAUUUGAGGAGUUAUAUGGGAGGAGGUGUAGAUCUUCUAUUGGCUGGCUCGAUGCGGUUGAGGUGAGACCUUGGAUUAUGGACCUUCUUAGAGAGUCCUUAGAGAAGAUGAAGGUGAUUCAGACUAAGAAUUUGGCAACACAUAGUAGGCAAAAGGAGUAUGCGGAUCGAAGGGUCCGAGGUCUUGAGUUUAUAGAGGGAGAGCAAGUUCUGUUGAAGGUUUCAAUGGGUACAAUGAGGUUUAGGAAGAGAGGAAAGCUUAGCCUAAGAUUCAUUAGGCCAUUUGAGAUUCUCAAGCAUAUGGGGGAGUUAGCCUGGGAUUCGGUGUUACUAGAUGAGAACUUGACAUAUGAGGAAGAUCCCAUUGCUAUCUUUGAUAGAGAAGUUCGUAAGUUGAGUUCAAAGGAAAUAGCCUCCGUGAAAGUUCAGUGGAAGAAUCACCCAGUUGAGGAAGCUAUUUGGGAAACAGAAUAG